AUGAACAAAAUGGUUCCCAUUCUUUUCAUCUUCUCCCUUCUCUUAUCUAUUUCCCAUGCUUCUGUUAAUGACUUUUGUGUAGCGGACCUAAAGAGUCCAAACAGCAAUUCAGGCUAUCCAUGCAAGUCACCAAAAGAAGUAACAGUGGAUGACUUUGUGUUCUCUGGCCUCGUAGCUAAAGACCCCACAAACACUACUUCUAGAGCCGCAUUAACCACUGCAUUUGUUAAUGAUUUUCCAGGUAUUAAUGGUCUUGGAAUCUCUGCAGCACGUGUAGACCUAGCUGAAGGUGGAUUUGUCCCAAUGCACACACAUCCCGGUGGCACUGAACUAUUCAUGAUCGUACAAGGUGAAAUAACCGCUGGUUUUAUGACACCAAAUGCAGUUUAUUAUUCCAAGACACUGAAACCAGGAGAUGUUAUAGCUUUCCCACAAGGACAAGUGCAUUUUGUUGUCAAUUCUGGUAAGGGAAAUGCCACUGCUUUUGUCGCUUUCAGUAGCGAAAACCCUGGUGCCCAAACACUUGAUCUUCUAUUAUUUGGCAACAACUUACCUUCUGACAUCGUGGCAAAAACUACAUUACUUGAUGUUGCGCAAGUGAUGAAGCUCAAGAAACGUUUUGGUGGCAGAGGCUAGGAAUAAUUGCUUAUCUAUUGAAUCCUUGGUUUUUUUUUUUUUUUUUUUCCAAUAAUAUUUUUGUUGGAAUCGAGAAAAUGAAAUAUUUCCAUUAAAGUUAAUAGAGCUGGAUAAAGAAAAAAUCAGAAUAUUCUGAGAAGA